CCGCAGCCGCCCCGACGCCCGCCGCCGCUCCUCCGUCCCGGCGCCCCCCGGGGGGAAGUUUGCAUGAGGCUCCGCCGCCGCCUGCCCCGGCUGCCGCUGCGCCGCCUUUGGGAAGGAUCCUUGCCCCCUUGCUCGCCCGGACGUGCGCUGCCCGAGUCCCUAAAAUGAAGAGGGCGAUCGCGGAAGCAAGCAAACUGCUGAUUUUGGUGCUUUGCCUGAACUUCCCGUUGGAGGUGGAGUCGUGCCCAGGGGCUUGUGUAUGCUACAGUGAACCCAAGAUCACCAUCAGCUGCCAGCAGCAGGGACUCGGAGCCAUCCCCGCGGAGAUCCCGAUCCAGACCCAGCGGAUCUUCCUCCACAGCAACAGAAUAAGCCUGGUCAGGUCCACCAGCUUUACCUCCUGCCGGAACUUGUCUAUCCUGUGGAUCCAUUCCAACAACAUCAGCCUCAUCGAACCCGGGGCCUUCUACGGGCUGGAGAAAUUGGAGGAGCUUGACCUCAGUGACAACAUGAACUUGAGGUCCAUCAACCCCACCACUUUCCAAGGCCUCGUCCACCUUCAUACCUUGCACCUUGACCGCUGCGGGCUACAGGAACUCUCCACGGGCCUCUUCCGAGGGCUUUUCUCCUUGCAGUACCUUUACCUACAGGAGAACAACCUGCAGAACCUCCUGGACGAUACCUUUGUGGAUCUUGCUAACCUCACGUACCUGUUUUUGCAUGGUAACAAAAUCAAAAGUUUGUCGGAGAAUGUGUUCCGGGGGCUGAUCAACCUGGACCGGUUGCUCUUGCACCAGAACCGGGUGAGCGCGGUCCACCGAAGGGCUUUCCAUGACCUUGGGAAAGUGUUGACCUUGUAUCUUUUUAAUAACAACCUGACGGUGCUCACGGGAGAGACAAUGGCGCCCUUGGUGUCCCUCCAGUAUCUACGUUUGAACGGCAACCAGUGGGUGUGUGACUGUCAAGCCCGGUCCCUCUGGAAUUGGUUUAAACAGUUCAAGGGCUCGUCGUCGGAACUGGAGUGCCACCUGCCGGCUCACCUGGCGGGCCGGGAUCUCAAGCGGCUGCAGAGCACCGACCUCGAAGGGUGCGUGGACUCUUUCAACCAGAUCCGAACGAGCGUGUUCAGCACCAAGACCAGAUCUGGCAAGUUGCCGACCUCCGCCCCGCCCCUCCAUCCUCCGGACAGCUCCCGGAAGUGCUGCCAGCCAGAGAUGGACAAGUCGUUCAUUUAUGAAGCCAAAGCCAAAGCGGGGCCCUCUUCCCACAGCAGCCGGCCCUCCUUGAACAAUCCGCUCAAGGACAAGGAGAACAUGGCCAAAACGAAGCACCAGGCGGAGGUGGACCCUUCUAAAAAUGGCAGCAACAAGCAGAUCAAUGACUCCCCUUUUGGGACUUUCCCCAGUGCCGUUGACCCUCCUUUGACCAAUUUCAAGCCAGAAUUAUUAGGUCCCAUAGAACCUUCUACAGUCCCCACCAAAAAGAGGCAGGGCUGUUCCCGAAAGAAUAAAUCCCGGUCGCAGUGCCGUGUUGCUCAGGUAGCACAAAACUCAUCCACGUCACCGCUCCUUCCGAGUCUCCUGAUCGCCCCUUUGGUGUGGGGCCAGUUUUGGUUCUGCUGAAAGGGAGCCUUUUUCGUUUCGGAGCGAUGCCCUUUGGCUUCCCAAGCAACCCCGAACCUUUAAAUAAAAAUUAAGCCACCUCUCCAAAUGUUGCAAAUAAGAAGGAAGGAAGCUCUACACCCUGCGGGGAAACGUGGUCACACUCAAUGUUAACUUGGAUGCCUUUUCUUAGAAAAAACAAAAACACAAAACAGAACAGACACACGAUAAAAAGCAAAACUCAGCCACAACAAAAUUGUACAUAAUUUAUUUGUUCCUCUUGGAAUUCUAUGUGUUUCGGUUGUGUUUUAUUUUAUUUUUUUUAAAUGGUCGUCGAAACGGCACUUUUCCUUUCCGCAAGGUUUGGGCCGCAGCGGAGGGUGAGAACAGAAAAGCAAACGAGCCACCGGUGAGAAGCAAAAAAUUGGGAAAAAAAAGGUGCAAGAAAUUCAAAUGUUUUUUUUAUAAUUAAAAAAGAAAAAAGAAAAAAAAAGAAAGGAAGUGUUGCUUGUAAUUUGAAAACGGCUCUUGGAUGAUGUUGUAAGUUUUCCCCAUGCCACAGAAGUGACCCGUCAAUGUCAUUUCCACUCCUGCAUUUCUGAAUCUCGAGGUUUAAUCAUCUUCCGUUUCCAUUAUGCCGUGUUUACAGAGGAGGGGCAUUUGUUAAAGAAUGCUGCCUUUUCAUCCACUCAAGGCUGGCGUAUAUAUAUAAAAAUAUAAAUAUAUAUAGAGAGA